CCGCUUUCCCGCCUCAUUCGUAAGGUGCUGAGGCACGAGGAGUUCGAGGAGGGCUGCAAAGCCAGCUGCAACGGCCCUUAUGAUGGAAAAUGGAGCAAAACGAUGGUGGGCUACGGGCCAGAAGACAAUCACUUUGUUGCAGAAUUGACUUACAAUUACGGUAUUGGAGAAUAUCGCCUGGGUAAUGACUUUCUGGGCAUAACACUUGUGUCCAGCCAGGCUGUGAGCAAUGCUAAGAAGAUGGGGUGGCCCCUCAGAGAAGUCACAACUGGUAUUUUUGAAGCUGAAGCCCCAGGAGGAUACAAGUUCUACUUGGAAGACAAGGAACAGCUCAAGCAAGAUCCUGUGCUGAAGGUAACCUUGGGUGUCUCCGAUCUGCAGAAGUCUGUUAACUACUGGUCUGAUUUGCUCGGGAUGAAAAUAUACGAGAAGGAUGAGGAAAAACAAAGGGCUUUGCUAGGCUACGCGGAUAACCAGUGUAAGUUGGAGUUGAAGACUGUUGGAGGAGCGGUGGAUCAUGGGACGGCCUUUGGGCGGAUUGCCUUCUCCUGUGCAAAGGAAGAGUUGCCAAACAUUGAAGCACUGAUGAAAAAGGAGAAUCAGAAAAUUUUAACACCUCUGGUUAGCUUGGACACACCUGGCAAAGCCACGGUGCAAGUGAUUAUUUUGGCUGAUCCUGAUGGCCAUGAAAUCUGUUUUGUGGGAGAUGAAGCAUUUAGGGAUCUGUCCAAGGUGGACCCUAACGGUGACAAAUUGUUAGACGAUGCCAUGGCGGCGGACAACAGUGACAAAUGGUUUGCUGCGCAAAAAAUGAAGAAGGCUUCUGCUUAGCUGGAGAAAAAGGACUGGGCUGCUUGUUCGUGCCUUGGUUUUGAAAGUGAAAGGCCAAUCCUAUGUAACGUGUUGCAUUAUCCCUUCCAGUAAGAGGGUGCCGUAAUAUCCCAUGCUGGUUGGUUUGUGUCUCUUUAAGCUUGUGUCUCUUACUGCUGCUCUCUCCUUUCAAGCAAAUAGCAUGUUCUCCUUCAGAAAAAUUUGGUUGUGCCACAAGGAGCAAGGUUGAGCACGUGGCUUCAAAAACAGGGGCCACCAGUUAAGAGGAAAACCUCAUUUCUCUCUUGUUGUACUUGAAAAAGAAGUUGCUAGCUUCGUUAGAAUAUCCAAUUCUCUAACUAAUUGGCUUUAGCUGUCCUGGAUUUGCAGCUGGUGGAAGAGGUCGCUGUGGCUGUGAGUGUCGCAGGUGCCCCGCUGCCGUGGCAAAGUGUCGGGCUGUGUACGGAGAACUCGAGCAGUUCAGCUAUCGCGGUGAAUGCCUGUUUAUCGGGAACGGAGAAGUUAUCUUGCUAAAGCACGUGAAUAGUCUAGUCUGGAACAAACCCCAUUUUCAUUCCAAGAUGUUUCCCCAGCUUUUGAGGUGAAGUUUUCACUUGAGAAGCGCGUGGUGCGUUUCUCACUGGGGUCACGUUACUGAUGCGGUGGUUUCCACCCCUUACCGAGGAGCCUUCCACAUUCCGGGCGGGAGCUGGGGCUGUGCUUCAGGGCGCGUAGCAGCGCUGCGCUGUCUGCUGAGGUGCCGGGAGGCAGCUUGAAGUGAGCGUAUCAUGGUCUUACAAUUAGCUUUUGAUGAGAAAUGGCCUUCGGAAGUAACAGUUCGGGGUUUAUUCCGUUGGAAUGCAAAGUCACUCUGCUUUUGCUAGUGGAACGAGGGCUGGGAAUACAGGGAGUAAUUACCAGCAUUGUCCGUGUCGGGCACGCUGCCUGGUUUCUAAUCUUUCUUGAUGAAAACCUUUAAGUUUCACAGCGGAAAAGCGGGCACAAUCGGCAGCGUUAGCGGUCACCGAGGCACGUCGGCGCUUGUCGUGAAUAUCCCGAGUUCAAACAGGAACAAUCCCUCGCUGUGAUUCUGUUGCUUGAGCUCUUUGAUUCAAGUUCAGCGACGACUUCCAGUCGUGGUGUCGAUCAAUUUAAAAACGCCGCGCGUAAGCUGCACCCCUGAGACUGGCGCUGCCGCCUGCCCGCGUCGCCCGUAAAAGAAUAAAAGCGAUUCGGAAGGACG